AUGGCACGUGUCAUGCUAUUAAUUAUGCCAGCAACCUUUGACCAUCCACACCGGAAGCAUGGAGUGAUGGAGGUAGAAUGCCGGAAUUAUAAAGAUGUUGGCUAUAGUCCAGUCGACACAUCACGGUGGAUGUCGACAAUUAGUGAUGAUCGUCAAACGUCAGAUCUGUCACUACCAGGAACCCAUGAGUCCAUGAGCCUAUAUGGUGGUUGUUGGGCACAAUGUCAGUCAUGGUCCUUAGCCACCCAGUAUAAUGCUGGAGUUCGCUUUGUCGACAUACGUUGUCGACAUUUCAACAAUAGCCUGCCAAUCCACCAUGGUGUCAUUUACCAACAUGCUAAUUUUGAUGACGUGUUAAAGACAACCAUAGCUUUCUUGGAUGCUCAUCCGACGGAAAUCAUCUUUAUGCGUAUUAGGGAGGAGUACCUACCCAAAAAUAACACUACAACUUUUGCAGAGGCUGUACAGACUUGUGUAAAUAAAUAUCCACCAGAAAGAUUGUGGUGUGGGGAUAGUAUCCCCCGAGUAGGAGAGGCAAGAGGUAUGCUUGUGGUACUCAGGAACUAUUACGGUUCAGCUACCUUUGGAUUACCGUACGGUGACUUAGAUAUUGAAGAUCGGUGGGUCAUUCCAAGUCUUCUGCCAAGAGAUAUUACAACAAAGUGGAACAGUGUACGGAGCCAUCUGGAAAAGGCUCAGCAGGGAUCCAGAAGUACGCUGUAUCUAACAUACAGCAGUGGAGCGAGUGCCCUUGCUUGCCCAUGCGCAGUAUCUAGGCAACUCAACUCACUUCUUGCCAAGUUCUUUCAUGGGCAGGCAAGAUCCACACAUUGA